AUGGCGGAGACGCAGCAGGCGGACGGUGCUCCGGCUUCGGACGGCCGCGCGACGGUCCUGUGCGCCAACGACUGCGGCUUCUUCGGCAGCGCGGCGACCGGCAACCUCUGCUCCAAGUGCUACAAGGAGCAGCAGCAGAUCGGCGUCGCUGCCGUCGGUGGCGCGCCCCCGGUGGACAGCGUCGUGUCCAGCUUCGCGUUGCUGCGGAUCAAGCAGCAGACAGGCGGACAGCGUGCUGCUGCUGCCGUCGGAGUCGGAGGCGAGGUGCUAGUGCAGGCCGGGAAGGAGGUGGUUCCGACGACCGCUACCAAGAACCGGUGCGAGACGUGCCGGAAGAAGGUGGGGCUGCUCGGGUUCGCGUGCCGCUGCGGCGGCACCUACUGCGGCAUGCACCGUCACGCCGGCGCACACGCCUGCGAGAUCGACUACAAGGCGGCCGGCCGCGAGCAGAUCGCGCGUCAAAAUCCCCUCGUUGUAGCAUCCAAGCUCGACAGGAUUUGA